CAAAGACCAGUCACAGCUCAUUUUCUUAGUAGAGAGUCAUGGAAGGGAUCAAGGUUCUCCAAUUACUUGCAAUAAUAUCGAUUCUUCUGGUAAUUUCAGUGAAUGGGCAAAUAAGCACACCAUGCACAAGCUCAAUGAUCAACAGCUUCACCCCAUGCAUAAAUUUCAUCACUGGAAGCAGCAGCAAUGGCACUUCACCAACUGCAAGCUGCUGCAGUUCAUUGGCGUCAAUGAUGAGCACAAGCAUGGAUUGUGCUUGUCUAAUACUAACUGCUAGUGUCCCUGUUCAACUCCCAAUUAACCGCACACUAGCAAUCUCUCUCCCCCGAGCAUCCAAAAUGAGCGGUGUGCCAUUACAGUGCAAAGCUUCUGGCGCUCCUCUACCAGCUCCUGGUCCCGUCUUGCUAGGGCCAACUCUUCCACCUCCAGCUGCUGCUCCUCUAAGUCCACGAGCUUCAAAGGCUGUAACACUGGCUCCAGCCCCAGAACCUGAAACCACUUUUCCAUUGGCACCAGCAUCCCCACCGGUGCAAAUACAAGCUCCCCCAUCAAAUACAGGGAUUCGACCAGGGCUCCCCCCCUCAGCAUCAAUGCCGACUUACAUUUCCCCACCAAUUUCCCUGCUACUAUUUAUAGCAAUCAUGGUUUUAAAGUGCAAUUAAAUUGUUUGUUUACUUUUUCGACAUAACAUCUGUUAGUUCUGGGUUCAAGUUGACUCCAGUGAAAUCAACUUAAUGUCAUGUCAUCAGAUGAAAAACAAAAAAAAGUUUAGAGAUGAAAUCAAAGGGGAAAAAUAUUCAAGCCGAU